GAGACGCACAGAUUUACAGAGAUUCCGUGAUACAUUAAUUUAAAAAAAUGUAUAUAUUUGAACCGUUCCCGCAGUUACAUAUAAGUUCACCGUCAACAAUGACCAAUGCCAAUUUACAGAAAGCCAUUGAUUUGGCCAGCAGAGCCUCUGAGGAGGACAAGGCCAAAAACUACGAGGAAGCUCUGCGCCUCUAUCAGCAUGCAAUCCAGUAUUUUCUUCAUGUGGUAAAAUAUGAAGCUCAGGGCAAAAAGGCCAAGCAGAGCAUCAGAGUGAAAUGUGUUCAGCAGUUCCUGAAGAAGAAAGAGAGCGCACCGCCCUCCAAACCAGUCAAAGUUCCCCAGUCUGACGAUAAAGGGACUGACAGUGAUGACGGCGAUGCAGAGAAAAAGAAAUUCCAAAGUCAACUCCAAGGUGCUAUUGUCAUGAAGAAACCAAACAUUAAGUGGGACGAUGUUGCUGGUUUGGAAGGAACCAAAGAGGCCCUUAAAGAAGCGGUCAUCCUGCCAAUCAAAUUCCCUCAUCUUUUCACUGGGAAACGCACUGUCAGAGGAAAGGCAUGGAACAACCCAGAUGUUGUGGUGGAUGACCUCUUAACGCCCUGCUCUCCAAACGACCCAGGCACAAUCCAGAUGACCUGGGUGGAUGCAGCGAGCGAUAAACUCCUGGAGCCGAUAGUCAGCUUGGUCAGAGGAAAGGCAUGGAACAACCCAGAUGUUGUGGUGGAUGACCUCUUAACGCCCUGCUCUCCAAACGACCCAGGCACAAUCCAGAUGACCUGGGUGGAUGCAGCGAGCGAUAAACUCCUGGAGCCGAUAGUCAGCUUGGAGGACAUGUUGAGGUCGCUUGAGAAAACCAAGCCCACUGUGAACGAGGAGGAUCUGGAGAAGCUGAAGCAGUUCACUGAGGACUUUGGCCAGGAGGGAUGAAUUUUUGCAGGAUUCACGUGGCAUUUAUUUAUUUUUUUCCAUCAUGUUUACAAAGCUCCCUCUCCAUAUUUUAUUUUUCAAAUUCUUUGAUCAGUCUUUAACCCUGAGAUUUUUUGGGAGGUGUAACAAUUUUGUGAGCCUUAAUAUUAUCCUGAACAUAACCAUUCAGAUCAGAUAUCCAUUCAUUAUUACUAAAAGUCCUCUUAAUUUUAAAUGGUUUGUUGCAAAUGGGUCAUGAUAUUUUUACUUGGACUUUUGAGAGAGAUUAAAAAAAAAAGAUCAUUUGUAUUUAAGUUGGUCACUUGUGCCUUAAUAUCUGGUUACUUUUGUACCUUAUUGCCAAAUAAGACUUAAAAACGACUGGUCUUAAAACCACUAACUUUAAAGCGAAUAAAUACAAAGACAACCAGUGAGCUGUGAAAAAGUGUUUACAAAUAUGUGAAUACAUGUUUUGGGUGUGUAGACCUCUUUCUUUGUCGCCUUUGAAGUGUUUAUUAUUUUUCUACUUUCGUCAGUAAAUGAAAUGUUUAAACUACC